GGAGUAUAUUUCUAGGGCAAAUCAUUUCAGCCUCCCCAAUCGCCUCCAUCUCUAUUCUCUUUCUCAACUCUGAACUUGCCCCCCCUCUCUCUGCAACUGCAAACUACAAAAUCUACACGAAUCAGUAGUUCAAAACCCAUACAUUUCAGUUAUCUAUCUGUCUGCAAGAAUCAAAACCUAUUACCUAUAUCAAAACCCAUAUCGGCAUAUCAUUUCAGAUUGUUCAAAAAAUCAAAGCCCAUAUCUUUCAGUUCCCAUCGCCCGCUGUUCCAGUUCGGGUUUGCCGUUCGCAAGCUUCAGCCGCUGGCCCGCUGUCACUCCUUGCCCCCCUCUCUCUCUGCAACUGCUAACUUGUAUGUUAGCAUCGGGCCUUGACAUUUAGCAAGAACAAGGUUCAACAAACAUGCCUCCUCAGUCAUCAAGUUUUUUUUCUGCAAGAAGAGAGUUGAUGGGAAUGGGUGGAGUGGGCAAAAAGAAAAUAGAAAAUAUUUUGGUAUUAGGGAUGUUCGACAGGAGCCGUUCAAUCCCUCGUGUAAAUCUCACUGCAUAUUCCACCACGGACGUAGUUGAGUUUCAGUGUCCACCUUCUACCCAAGUUACUGUUGAAAUCUCAGAUGUUGUAGACGAGCAGCUGUAUGAUUUGAUCGCCGCUGAAGCGUUUGCAAGAAAAUUCGUGAUACUCAACGGGAAACAUGCAACAUCUCGUUGUUUGGAGAAAGCUCAGGAGAAAGUUCCGCAGAAAGCGAAAGUUUCAUUAGCUUGUGUGGUCAUUUCCGGUGUCCUCAUAAAAAAAGUUUCUACCGGACCAAUUGUACACUUUGGAGAUUUGAAUUUGAAGAUAGAUGUAAAGUGUGCAAAAUUUUCUGCUUUUGGUUGACAAAGACUCAUAGUCUUUUUGGGCUAAAUGAUAAGUGAAGGGAGACUUUGAGGAACCAGUAUAGUCAUUUAAGAAGCUAUUCCCAGUUAUCUCAUUUAAUGUUUUUAAGCUUACCGUUAGUACUAUGCGAAUACCAGUCUAAACAUUUUUGUGGUGAUAUAAGUAAAGAGUGGGUUUAAGAUCUUUAUUUGCCUUUGGUACUAUGCGAAUAUCAGUCUAAACAUUUUUGUGGUGAUGUAAGUAAAGAGUGGGUUUAAGAUCUUUAUUUGCCUUUA